UAAGGAACUGUGAGCAAGUCGGUGCAUUUCAGUGUUCAUAGCAAGCAAAGAAAAAUGAAAAGGAGAAAGCUUGAGGAAUAGGGAGAUAAGUGAGGAGUCGGACAUGGAGAGACGCAGAUCGGCGGAUCUGGACGCGGACGCGUGCUGGACACACUGACUGAUGCGCACUUGGGGGGCUCCUUUUUUUGCAUAUAUUUAAGUCCUCGAAUCGAGCUGCUUAUGGAAUGUAAGUAGUCUAGAGAACGGUCACACUCCUUCUCUGUGGAUGACACGUGUGUCUUUUAUCGUGUGUCCGCGCAAUGGAAACUUCACUCUUAUCAUAAAUAAUGUGGCGCACAGCAGGGGCUCCGACGGCGCUCCUUCAACGCGAAGAGCCGCACGUGCGUGUUUUCUCGACGCGCUCGCGUCGAAUGAGGGCGGAAUGGCUGUGAGAUCGCUGUCGCUGUUCCUCGGUGCGACACGAGUGCCUUCUUACGCGGACAUUGUGGGCGCGACGGGCAGCUCGCAGACGGAGGGAACGAGCUGAAUGGAGAUGUUCACGGGAGACGUGGGUGUCACACAGUGACCACAUCCGAGCGUUAUUGCUCUGAGGACUGACGCGCAUGCUAUUGCUCUCCUCUUUUCUUUAUUUUAAAAAAUAAUAUCAUAAUAAUUGAAAAAAAGUUCUAAUGUCAUUUGAAGAUGAAUUCAGCGCGACACAGAAGCAGACGCAACAGAGAAAAGGACAAGCGACAUCUGGAUUGAAAGCAACAGCUUGCACUCGGCUCCAGUGUUGCCGAUAUUUUUAUUGUUUCAUCUCCGCGAGCGGACCGUGUGAGGCCAAGUGAAGUUUGGAGAACAGGAGACCCCCCCCCCCCAGGUCUGCUGGUACCCCCCAACCCCACCCAACAUCUGCCCGGGGGUUGGGGACACUCCCCCCAAAGCCGUGUCUAAUAGAGCUCCUCUCCCAUGGCCACGGCUCUGUUGGGGUUCGCAGUACAACCGCUGGGCCGCUUCAGUGCGCUGGACACGGACAGAGACAGUGACAGUGACCGCGCGCCGGCCGGGGUCGAGCGGAUGGUGUCUCCCCCCUGUCAUCGCUGUCAUCACCUGUGCGAUUCAUUGGCUCUUUUAAGUUUUCACUCCAAGGAAGCGGACGUAAGCGCGCGCGCGACUUUUCGAGACGGUGACAGCUAGCUCCGUUCAGCCACAGCUGCGUGUGCAUGACCCGGCGGGAUCACGCAGCGCGCCCCCAGCUCGAGCUGGUGAUGCCAUGCCCCGCAACCACAGCGGAGAUGAGGGCGGCUCCGGGCUCUGGAUGAAGACCUCGCCCGGGCGCCGCGCCGCCGGCUACGGCUCCAAGGAUGUGGAGUCCGGCGGCAGGAUGAACAGCGGCGGCGGAGGCGGCGCGGCCGCCAGGGCUGCGGACGGCUUGCUUUCGGCCGGGUGCGGCGGGCCCGCGGACAGCGCGAGGGGAAAGCAGGGAGCGCGCCUGAGCCUCCUCGGGAAGCCGCUGGUGUACAGCGCGCAGAGCGGGCGCCGGAACGCGCGCUACCGCAGGGUGCAGAACUACCUGUACAACGUGCUGGAAAGACCGCGCGCGCUCGCCUUCGUGUACCAUGCCUUCGUGUUCAUCCUGGUGUUCGGCUGCCUGGUCCUGUCCGUGCUGUCUACCAUCCCCGCGUACCAGGAUGUCUCCUCUCACUGCCUCCUCAUCCUGGAGUUUGUGAUGAUCGUGGUUUUCGGCCUCGAGUACAUCAUCCGCAUUUGGUCCGCUGGCUGCUGCUGCCGCUACCGGGGAUGGCAGGGCCGGCUGCGUUUUGCCCGGAAGCCCUUCUGUGUCAUAGACAUCAUUGUGCUCAUCGCCUCCGUGGCCGUGGUGUCGGCAGGAAGCCAGGGAAACAUCUUCGCCACGUCGGCUCUGCGCAGCCUGCGCUUCCUGCAGAUCCUGCGCAUGGUGCGCAUGGACCGGCGAGGCGGCACCUGGAAGCUGCUGGGCUCCGUGGUCUACGCGCACAGCAAGGAGCUCGUCACGGCGUGGUACAUCGGAUUCCUGGUUCUCAUCUUCUCCUCGUUCCUGGUGUACCUUGUAGAGAAGGAGUUCAACCAAGAUUUCGCCACGUAUGCCGACGCACUGUGGUGGGGCACGAUCACCCUCACCACCAUCGGUUACGGGGACAAGACGCCGCAGACAUGGAUGGGCCGCCUGCUGUCAGCUGGCUUCGCCUUGCUUGGCAUCUCCUUCUUCGCCCUUCCAGCGGGUAUCCUGGGCUCCGGCUUCGCUCUGAAGGUCCAGGAGCAGCACAGGCAGAAGCACUUCGAAAAGAGGAGGAACCCAGCUGCAAGCCUGAUUCAGUGUGUUUGGCGUAGUUAUGCGGCUGAUGAGAACUCGGUUUCCAUUGCUACCUGGAAGCCUCAUUUGAAGGCGUUGCAUACCUGCAGCCCUACAAAGAAGGACCAGGGAGAGUCGUCUACAAGUCAGAAGCUGAGCUUCAAGGAGCGCGUGCGCAUGGCCAGCCCGCGCGGCCAGAGCAUCAAGAGCCGGCAGACGUCGGCAAGUGACCGACGCUCUCCGGGCGCCGACAUCGGCGUGGAGGGGAACAGCCCGGCCAAGGUGCAGAAGAGCUGGAGCUUCAACGAUCGCACGCGCUUUCGCCCCUCCCUGCGGCUCAAGAGCCAAUCCCGUACGACGACAGAGGCUGACACCAACCUGGGUCCAGACGACGGCUUCGACGAGAAAGGCUGUCACUGCGAGCUCUCGGUGGAGGACCUGACGCCAGCCAUCAAAUCUGUCAUCAGGGCAGUGAGGAUAAUGAAGUUCCACGUAGCGAAGAAGAAGUUCAAGGAGACCCUGCGGCCCUACGACGUGAAGGACGUCAUUGAGCAGUACUCGGCCGGACAUCUGGACAUGCUGUGCCGGAUCAAGAGCCUGCAGACGCGGCUGGAUGCCAUAGUGGGUCCACAGAACAUACUGAGUAGCAAAGCCAAGACCUUUUCCUCCCCUUCGUUGCAUUUGUAUUACAGCCAGCACGGGAGGAAACACUCCAGCUCGGGAGUGGACCAGAUUUUGGGCAAGGGCCAGGUCCCCGUGGACAAGAAGAUGCGGGACAAGCUGCUGUCGGAGAGUGACGUGCUGGACGACGUGAGCAUGCUAGGACGUGUGUGCAAGGUGGAGCGACAGGUCCAGUCCAUUGAGUCAAAGCUGGACUCCCUCUUGGAUGUGUACCGACAGGUCCUCCGGAAGGGCUCUUCCUCCGCCCUCACGCUGUCCUCCCUGCCCCUCUUCGAGCUUGAGCAGACGUCCGACUACCAGAGCUCCAUCCUCUGCAAGGACGUGUCCUGCUCCACCCAGGCCAGUGGCGGUUGUGUGAGUCACUCCACCAGUGCCAACCUUUCCCGGGGGCUGCACCUCAACCUGGCCUCCAACGAACUGAGCCUCAACCUCAACAGCUCCCCGGGCUCCUUCAGUCCCUCGCCCCUGCCACAUGAGGGCGCCCCCACGGGCACGUCGCCUCCUCCCAUCCUGAUGCCCAACAACCUAUCCGGGACCCAGUACCCGAGUCUGGCCAGGCCUCCGCCUCCCCCUUCCGCCCCUGCCACUCUCCAGCUCCCCGCCGUACCCCCGCCCCCCAGUCGCCCGCUCACAGCUGCGUCCGUCCCAGCACAGGAUGCCCUGCUGGUGGGGGCCGAGGUAGACGCUGACGUGGGACUGGGCCCUGGCAGGGUGCCGAGGAGGAGCAAGCCUAGUGCCAAGGAGGACGGCUCCUGGAGAAGACGUAUAAGCCUGGAGAUGGAUCCCCUGGGACAGCACUCCUCAUCAGGCGCCAGAGGGGACAGCCCUGGUGACCAAACCCUGGGAAAGUCUGUAUCGGCGCAGGACCUGAUUCAGCAGGCGGUAGACUGCCGACCCAACCUGUCCCCCAGCAGCAGCAGCAGCAACGGCUCCACUGCUGGGUCCCGCAGCAGUCGGGACGGCGCUGCCGACUGGGAGGACGCCGAGCUCUUCAUCAGCGACAGAGAUCUGGACGCUCGCAGUGCCGAGUUGGACCUGAUGUCGCAGCAGACUGUGGAGCACGCCUUCACCUCUGAGCUGCUGAGGACAGGGACGGGGGGGUCGUCCCACAGCUUGUCUGGUGGACGCGCUGCGGCCGGCGGCUCCGAGUCCUUCAGCAUGCCCCACGUGCGGCUAAAAUAGCCCCGGCAGAGACUCGAAAACACAGCGCUGCGAGGCUGAGCUUUCCUCUCCAUCUUGGGAUUGGCACUGAUGGGGCGCAGACUAGGGCUAAGGGUUGGGCAAGCUCACGACUCUUAUCGUCUCCCCCCAUUUGUUAAUUGCAAAAAAUAACACUUCCUCACAUCUUGACAUGACAUAUCAUUGCAUGGAGCAUCCCAGUAGGAACAGAAUACUUAAAAUAUAAGUCGAUAAAAGAGAGAGGGAACAGUUUAUAGAAAGAAAAGAAUACGCGUUAAAUGACAUUAAAGAGCCCUUAGGGAGGACUAUGAGCUAUGAACAGAGGCCUGCAUGAGAAGUGCAUGUGUGAACUCCGAAGUACGUCGAAAUGAUCGCAUACAAAUCUGCCUCGUCAGUUAGACAGGGUGAGGGGGACCUUCCGAAAGAACGCCUGCCGGACGAUCGAUGACGUGGCUUUGUUCGCUCCGCUCAGAUUGCGCAAAGCGUUGAACGCGGAGGCAGCAGAAGCAGAAGUGCUCCUAUGGCAGUUGCCUUUUCACACUGGUUUCAGAGUCCCUCCCCGUCUCUCUCUCUCUCUCUCUCUCUCUCUCUCUCUCUCUCUCUCUCUCUCUGUUUUUAUGUCACAAACACACGCAGACACACCUCUGUUCGCCAACGCGUACUGCUUACGGACAGCCCGAAAAGCCGCAAAGUUCAAGGGGAACCCCGGUGCCGCCGGCGUUAAGGGGAUUCCAGCUGCCGGGAGGAAGGGCCUUGUCCUGCUGUUUGCCAGAAGUAAACAGGGUGGAGACCAAGGAAAGUGGGUUUAACCUGAUGGUUAAAAGAGAGAACGGCCCCCUUCACGUCGCCUCUCCGCAUGCAACCGCAGCUUUGCCUGUCGCCGACUGCGGGCAGCAAGGCAAGUUCGUUACACUGAUGUUUACACAUUGCCGUGGUACCGUAUAUGCCGACAGCUGUCGCUGGAACAGCCUGGCUGAUACACGGAAUGCAAAGUCGUACGGUGAAAAAAUUUGCAUAACGGUAUGCGUAUUUUUGAAUGUGACUUCUUUCUUUAGGGGUGUUGCCCUUAGUGUCACAUGUUUUCAAAACAAAUGCUCCUUCUAAGCAGGAAAAUGUGCUGAACGAUUUUCUGAUUAUCAGUGGCAUUGUUCUCCAUACGGGAAGGUCAUGCAACUUAUACAGUGCUUUAGAAUGAAAUUAAACACCCUGAGAUGUAAUUCUUUUUUUUUCUACAUAAUAUUUUUGGAUGUCACGAAUGCUUUUGCUUAACUGAUUUUAACAUACUGUAGAAUGUAUAUAUAUAUAUCAAUAUGUUAAUAUGUAUAGGACACUUGCAAAUUUUGGUAGCCAUGUAAUGUAGUUGAGAUUUACAUGAAAAGCAGCAACUUUUAACUUCACCCUGCAAACAGUACAGGUACGAUCACAUGUAAGCACAAUUAAGAGCGUUACAAAGACCUGCACACCUUUUUUUCCAGUGGUACAAACUGUCUUGCCAAACAUUAUCAGAAUUGAACAGCUAAAAAGUUGUACUGCAUCUUGAACGAAUGAUGUAUUGUUUUUUUUUUUUUUUAAAAAAAAAAAAAGAAAAAAACGGUUUCAGUGGGCUGUUUGCAACUGAUACCUACAUGAAAAGCUUGGUCUUACUUAUAUAAAGUAUACAUACCUUUUAAUGUAUUAUAUUCCCUGGUUUAAUUCAUAUGCUUUUAUGGUGCCUUUCUUGCUUAUGAUCAUAUCUCAUCUUUCCCUUUGGCUUUUAACUGCAGCUGGGAUUAUUUCAAGAGUUGAGACGAUCUCACAGACAGCGUUUUCUCCCAGAAAACCCGACACGUCAAACCAUCAUACGAAACAUUGUUUUUCCACGGGUAAUUUAUUACACGGAUCAGGCCUUAAAAUUGCACGCUUGAGAAUUGAAAAAUUGAGUCAUUAACCUUAUUUAUUUCAAGGAAACGUGCACAUACAAGUUAUAUAAACCCUGUAAUGUAAAUGAAAAUGCAAAAUGAACUUUUAUUCUCAUACUUCAAUAAACUAAAUACAAAAAUAA